CUCAGGCUGAAGACAGGGAUCAGCUGCAGUGUUAUGACCGGACCGGAGGACUUCAACUCUUUUUCAUCUGAUUUCUGAGACACCAUGGCGACGUUUGGACAAGUCAUCUUCUACACCAUCAUCACCCUCAUCGUCAUUUUCACCGUCGUCAUCAUCCUCAUCUUCACCAUAACCUUCACAAGCCAGACCACCGAGGCCCUGAGCAGCAGCACCAAGCCCAUCGGGAACGUGGGGGAGGACCUGGUGCUCGACUGCUACCUGUACUCCAACGUGGUGGGCCAGGACACCUUCACCCAGGUGUCGGUGGCCUGGACCAAGGCGGACCUGGAGGGGGAGGUGUACGCCUACAGGGACGGGGCACCGAACCUGCAGGGCCAGGCCCCCCAGUUCAGAGGCAGGACUCAGCUGUUCCCCGACUCCAUCAGCCAGGGAAACGCCUCCCUGCUGCUGCGGAGCAUCCGCCUGAGCGACCAGGGAGACUACACCUGCAGCAUCGACUCCUCGGGUGGAGGCGGGGAGAUCAGCAUCCACCUGAGGACUGCAGCUUUUUCGGCCCCCACAUUCAGCUUCUCAAACGGGACCCUCACCGCCGUAGCCCGCAAGUGGUUCCCCAGGCCCAACGUCACCUGGGUGAACCAGACCGGGAGCCUCCUGGAGGCCAGCACCGCCUGGACCCAGAGCCCCGUGGGGACCUUCGCCGUGGUCAGCAGUCUGCAGCCGCCCCACCUGGACGAGACCUACAGCUGCAGGAUCGAGAACCGCUUCGUGAUCGCUGUAGGCGAGGCCACCGUAGCAGAGAACUCAUGUGUGUGUGUUUCAGAGGCUGGAGUGUCGCAGAGGACCUACUUCGUCUACAGCGAGGCUGCAGGCUCCCUGCCUGUGUCCCUGGUCCUGGACGCCGCCGCCGUCGUCCUCUCCAUGUACUGUGUGAGUUAGGAGGCCCGGGGCCCUGUGGUGGUCUGAUGCCGUCCCUGGGCUCAGUGCAGCGGUGCACAAGACGGAUGCUGCAAGAACAGGUGCUGUCCCCAUAUCAGACAGUCCCAUCAGUUUUAACGUGUUUUAGUUUCGUUUGAUGCUUCAAAGCUUUCCAAAAUCUUUAAACUGAAUGCUCCUCAGUUUGUUUUGAUAAAACAAGCAUUUACUACAUUGACACUGGUGAAACAUCAAAUAACCUCAUCGACCAAACAGGAUGAACAGUAGCUGGGUGUUUCUCUCAUCCUAAUUCCACACUCACAUUUAAUCCAUUUAAAUAAAUGGCUGAAAAUCUUCAGGCGAGAUGAUCUCUGCUUGGUCUUAAUGGUGGUAAAUCUGAAUGACAUUUGGUUUCUGGUGAAGUGAAGAAGUUAUCUGGGAUGGAUGAGUUACUCACUCUUCUGUCAUUUCAGUGGUGUUUAGGGGUGCUUUUACUUCUGUGAGUAGUUUCUCAGUGAUCAUUUAAUCUACAAAAGACAAAGACUGCUGAAGUUUCUACAUUUUAGACUCAGUGAGAUAGAAGAGUGUUGUUUUAGUCCUUUGUCUGAAGUCAGCCACUGGCAAAAUGAAUUUUCCUACGUGCAAAUAAAGGUGAACUCGUUCUGAACGCUGAAGAAUCACAGUGAAAGUGUUUUAUUCGGUCCAGAUGAAUCCUUUAUGCA